AUGGACUUUUUAAGGGUAAUUCGAAGGCAUAUCGAAUCGACCAUUCUUCAUGAAAUUAGUCACAUUUUGCCAACUUCUGAUGAAUUUGCAAAAGAUGCCGAUGAAGACGAUGACGAUGAAGAGGAGGUUGUGGAUAGACCUCCGUAUUUCGAGGAUGAGGAAUGUGUUUGUAGAAAUCUUAAUGAAAAUGAUACAAGGAGGGCACACUCCACUACAGCAGUUCCAGUCCUUCCUCUACAACACUCUAUAAUUUAUGAGGAAGAAGAGGAUGUGAGUAUUGAGGAUUCUGCCGAAAAGAGUGACAAAUCUGAUAAAAGUGCUGAUUCUUCGAAUAAUGAAGAGCCUGUGAGGAAAGAAAAGGACUGCUCUAAUAUUAAAGAGAGUUCACCUUCAAACGCAAUACUUAGCCGUGUCAACGGGCAAACAAAAACUGGUUCUCCCCAAACUCCAAAAGUAACAUUUAAACAUCCAAAUGACAUACCUGAAGAUGAAGAAGAUGCUCCUGUAACGCCUACAACAGCUAAAAGGAAAAUGCUUUUGCAGUCAAAAAAGCAAUGGAAAUCUUUUGGAUACGGCACUAUUGAAGAAGAAGAUUCUUCCUCUUCAACAAAAAUUUCCCCAACACAAAAACAGCCAAAUAAUAUACUAAUUAAAGCUUUAAUAAAAAAGAGAAAUAGUGAAGGGACAACAGAAGAUUUAAAUAACCCUUUAAAAAUUCAACAAAUGAUUUUAAAAAAUAAAAAUGGGAGAAUUGGGGGGAAUUCAACAGCAAUGCCCACUUAUGAAAAAGUUAGGAGGCAUAAAAGAAGAAAGGAGCUAAAUCUUCGCAAAAGCCUCCAAACAAGGCCUAGAACUAUAAGCGCAGCUAAGGAGCGGAGGGGAGUUCGCGUUUUGGGUAUUAUACUUGGAUGUUUUACUCUUUGUUGGACUCCAUUUUUUGUAAUGUAUGUUUUUGUACAAUUUUGUGCUUACUGUUCAGUUAAUCCACAUAUCGAAAUGUUUAUAACAUGGCUGGGAUAUUCAAAUUCUGCAAUGAAUCCAAUAAUUUAUACUGUAUUUAAUAGAGAUUAUCAAGUUGCACUAAAAAGAAUUUUUCUUGGAAGACGUAGUGGAGGUGGAAGUAGUGGAAUACGCUCAACAUUGCAACGACCUAUUUGCCCUAUUAGAUGA